AAUGCCCUAACGUGCGAAUGUUAUCACUGCAAUUCAGAAUCAUAGCGUUUGCUAUUUCAGCUUUUUGAAACUACCUUUCGUAUGUUAAUGUGAACAUGAACCCUCCUGUUAAAUCGAAAUUUAAUGCUCUUGCGGCUGUGCGUUUGAUGGUGCAGUCGGACGAAGACGACGACGACGAUGAUAAAUACGGCAAAGACGAUAUCAUUUUCACGGAUAGUUGCACACCUUCCGUUCCUUGUGGUUCUUCCACUGGAAAACCUUUGAAAAGUAUUUUAAAACCUUCAAAGAUCUAUACACCACCAGAAAUACAUGAACGAAACAUCAAAGCAGAAGAGGAAAAUCAACCAAAUGUAGUAAGCCUGUCAGUAACAGGUGCCCCAAAACUAAAUCGUGGUAUUGGUCAACUGCUGGCUCAAUUAAAAUGUGAACCGAAUCCAAUAAAAACAGAAGUACAGCAUAAUGAUGGAUUUCAGAAUACCGCCGCUAUAUCGAUCAAACAAGAACCUCUCUUUAAAUCAGCAUUAAACACAGUACAAAACAAAGAAUUACGCAACAACAGUCCUGCACCAAACAAUGUAAAUGAACUUUUGCACGUUGAUAAAAAGGACAGUUCAAUUACCAAGAUCAAUGUGGCAUCAAAUGAUUUACACAACAUAGUAAAGAUCUCUGGAUUACCUGAAGAGUUUUCAAAAAACAAAUUGAUAUCAUUUUUAGGAAUAUGGCCUUCUAAUGGACAAGAUGGUAUCAGAGUCAUUCGUAACUUAGAUGGCUCAUCUACUGGCUAUGCUUAUGUUUUGCUGGAAAAUCAUAACAACAAAAUGGAUAUAUUAAAAGCAAAUGGAAUGAAGUUUGAUGAUGUUUUCCCACUAAAUAUGGUUGUAUGCAAAUUCUCUGAUAUGGAAAAAGAUUGGAAACGUACAUGCUUGAUCAAAAUGCACAUAGAAGGAUCACCGUUUGUCUGCAUAUCUGGGUUGGGAUCAAACACCACUAAAGAUCAUCUGCUUGAAGAGUUAAAUGCUUACCACAGAUCCAUGGAAGAUAUCUUCUAUAUACCUGAGUCUUCUGAAUCAGCGUACGUGGUGUUUGACUCAGUUGAGCUGGCUGUUGACUUUCUUAAAGAUGCUUUCUGCAUUCGAGGAAGGAGAGUCAAAACACACCAAUGCCACCCUCUUAUAGUUCAACGUUGGUGUAGAAAGAACAAUAUUGUGUUUGCAUUACCACCUGGUAAUAAAUGUGAUCUUAAGGAUCUCUCUCCUUUAUAUGGAUCAGAACAAGAAAUAAAAGAAUUGCUGGUACCCAAGCGUGCUGCAUCGGUACGAACUAUGGAAAAGCAAAUACCAAAAUUGGAUACAGCGUAUGCAGAUAGAAUUAAGUCUGAGCCAAACUCACAAGCUCAUGUUCCGAAUCCUGAUAAACAAAUGGUGGAUCCCCUGACUUUGGAAAGAAAACAAUUUCGGAAUCAGAUUUUAAACCAGCUGCAUGAUGGAAUGGUUUUACCUCCACCUGUUAAUAAUGCCAACAGGUUUCCAAUUUUUGGUCAACCAUUUCAAAGAGAAUCGAGAGAUAUUCGGCAGGUUAGAGACCGCACCCCACCGAUGGAGAUUCAGCGUAGAAUGGGUAUGGGUUACCCAAGACAUAUGGGGCCAAUGGGCGAGAGAUGGAUGCCUCCAAGAGAGUUCUCACCUGGAAGACAUCAGAGUCAACAGUUUGUAAGAGACCGUAGUCCAGGAAGAGGAUGGCAUCAUCCGGAUGAUAUGACCUUUGGAAUAGGUAUGGAUGUCAUGAAUUUUGAUCAUGGGAGAGACCCACAAGUGGAUUUGGGUCUAAGAAGGGGUCCUCCAAGAUAUUUAAGUCCUAGAAGAGAUUUUCCAAAUGAAUCAAGUUUAAGAAGAGAACAUCUGAGAGACUUAAGUCCAAGAAGAAACUUUCCAAGGGAUUCAAGUCCAAGAAGAGAACCUCCAAGAGAUACAGGUUCAAGAAGAGACCUUAUAAGAGACUUAAGCCCAAACCGUGGUCCUCCAAGGGAUUUAAGAGGAGAUCUUUCAAGAGAUCUAAGUCCCAGAAAAAGAAGAAGUCUUUCAAGAGAUUUGGGCUCAAAAAGAAGAAGAAGAAGAAGUCUUUCACGACAUUCAAGUCCUAGAAGAGGUCAGCCAAGAGAUUUAAGUCCCAGAAGAAGAGGAAGCCCUUCAAGAGAUUCACUUCCUAGAAGAGGUUUAAGUCCAAGAAGAGAAAUUUCCAGAGAUUUGGGCCCAAAAAGAAGAAGAAGUCUUUCUAGGCAUUCAAGUCCUAGAAGAAGUCAACCAAGAGAUUUAAGUCCAAGAAGAAGAAAAAGAAGUUUGUCAAUUGAUUCAAAUCCUAGGCGAAGUCCUCCACGAGAUUUAAGAAGAAGUUCUCCAAGUAGAAGAAGAGCUGGUAGUCUAGGUCCAAGAAGAGACAAAAGUCCUUCCAAAAGCAGGUACUUCAGUAGGGAAGAAAGACAACAUAGAGAUCUGGACCAAAGAAGCACUAAACUAAAUUCCAGAGAAUCUCUACAACGGAGGAGGAAGUGUUCAGGAAGUCCUAAACGUGAAAGAAAACCUUAUCAUGAUCUAAGUCCUCGCAGACGUCGGAGGUACUCUAGGGAAACCAGUCCUAGAAGAGAACAUGGAGCAUCAAGGGAAAAGCAUUUAAGGGAAAGGUCCCCAACAAGGGAUAGGAUAAUUGUGAUAAAGAAGGAGGAAAACAAGAAUUUCCAGAAAAAAAAGAUUCAGUUGAAAGAGAAAAGUCCCGAAAAGAAAAUUAAUAAAAUAAUAGAGUCUACUGUUAAAGAAGUCAAACCAAAAGUAAAAAAAUCUUUGAAUAAUAUGAAUUUUAUGGGUCCAGGACACCCUUUUGGCCCGCAUAUGCCUCCAAUGGGCAUGGGCCCUAUGGUUAUGGGAGCAAGAGGACCUAUGCCUUUCAUGGGCCCAAUGAUGCCACCCCCAAAUUUCAGGCCAAGACCAAUGAACAUGAGGCCACCAAUGGGUAUGAUAAGGCCAGGCAUACCACCAAAUAUGAGGCAUUUAAGACCACCAGCUCCAGGUAUGAUGAUGAGUAUAUACAUCCGAGCAUUUAAUAUUCCUGACCAAGCAUCUACAGAGGACAUACGAGAAUUCUUUGCACCUGUACUGCCAGCAAAAAUCGCUCAGGUUUAUACUUUGAACAUCGGAUAUAAUAUUUACGACAUUGAUUUCUACUCGCCUGCUGAUGCAAGCAUGGCUCUUCAGAAGAGUGGAAUGCUGAUCAGGAAGAACAAGAUUCAGCUUCAGAUGCUCCCAGGUCCUCCAAUCCCCUUGCCUCCUCGUCCAUUUAAGAAAAAGAAGAAAAGAACGAGCUCCAGCCCUCCUCCAGAGGGCAAAGACACAAAUUCACAGACAGAUUCAUUGCCUCCUAAAACAACUAUUAAGCAAGAACCAACUGAUGCUGACACAGUUAAAGCAGAUGAAGAACAAAUUCCGGUUGAACCUUUUCCUGAUGACCCUUUCAAGUACAGACUACCACCAUUUGAUCCAGAUGUACCUGCUGGUCAGUGUGCUAUUGAACCCAUGGAGGGCUUUUAUUGUCAAUUGUGCCGCAAGUUCUACCGCUCAAGAAUCACUGCGUUUUCAGCGCAUUGUAAAUCCAAGCAGCAUUAUGACAACUUGAAAGCUGAGAUGAAAAAAAUAAAGCAAGAAGUUUCAUAAACACUGUAAAAGCUUACCAUAACUGCCAUGCGAAAUGUGAAAGUACUCUAAUAUCUAGGUGCACACUUCCUCUGUUCAAUGCUGCGUUCAAUGCUGCUUCCUUUGUUCAAUGCUGCAAGGACAUUUAAUAAAGAGACAAAAUGUUCUAAUAUGGUA